UCUUGAACAUGGAAGACAUGAAGCCUUCAGUAACAACUUCUGGUAGCACGGAUGGCGAUGCCAUUGAAACUAGGUUCACUGCUUUGUGCAAGAAUGGAUUAGCUCUGGAUGAGAAAGCUUGCUUAAAUGCCAUGAAGCUAUUCAAAGAAACAAAGCACCUUUUAUCCUCAAAUGUUUCAGCAAUUGGGAGUGGGACGCUGGAAGAAGCAGAGCGGUUUUGGUUUUCAUUUGUUUUAUAUUCAUUCAAGCGACUGAGCGAAAAGAUUGAAGAAAAUACACAACAUGAGUCUGAUGAAAGUGGGUUUUCGUUAUGCCAGAUAUUGAGAGCUACAAAGCUGAAUAUUGUGGAUUUUUUUAAAGAGUUACCUCAGUUUGCGGUAAAAGCUGGUCCUGUUUUGAGUAACAUGUAUGGUGAAGAUUGGGAGAGUAGGCUCGAGGCUAAGGAGAUGCAGGCCAACUUUGUGCACUUGAGCCUUAUAUAAGCAAGUCAUUCAAGCGUGCA